CACUGAUUAGUUUUGUAUUUAUAUGCCUCAGUUGCUUCGAAUUCAUAGAUCUGUCGAAGAAAUGGCUAAAGUUGCCAGCACCGUCGCCGUCGUCUUCCUCUUUUUGGCCGUCUCUGCUGCUCACUUUCAGGAGGUAGAUCUGUGGAAACAUUCCGCGGUUGCUACUUGGAAGACCGUAAGCACCUCGUCGGAACACGACCAGAACCGCGCCGAAGCAGUCGUCAUACCUAGCAAGGCUGUCGAGUUCAACUUCAACACUGAGGAGGAAUCUGGUCUAGACAGUCACACCGUGCCGCUGACGAUGACUAACUUCCGUCCCAUCAACCGCCGUUUCCCUAGGCGCCCCUUGGUUCCUUUACGUAAUCGUCACCGUCCCAAUUGCCGUCAAGGCCACCGGUUCAUGCCUUGGGAGCCACGGCUCCAGAAGAAGGGUAUUCCCUUUGGUGACGAUAUGCUCAUGUCCGAUGAUGGGAUGAACUUUGACACGCUGCUUCAAGGCGGGGUAAGGGCCACAAGGAAGGUACCGGGGAGAUGGGUGAGGUUUCACCGGCGCACUGAAGGGCCCAGGUUUACUUUGAGGGAUGAAGCAAUCUUCAGAGGCCCAAGUCACUUCAGCCAGUUCGAAGACAAUGAGAAAGGGGAGCACGUGCAUAAGCACCCCCUCCACAAGGAGAGAGAGGAGCAAAAGGGUGGAUUCCUGAAGAGCCUUGGUAAAUUUUUGCACCAUUUCUGAGGAGAAGGAGAUGCUACUCCAGAGUCCCAGACUUUAUGGUGUGCUGAAGCAUCAGCAUAUAUAUAUAUAUAGGUUGUUAUAUAUAUGUAGACUGGUUACAGACAUUUUAGCUGUGUUGUUGCCUUGCCGAUGCUUUUCGUUUGUUAAGUAAUCAAUAAUUUCAGAUCAGCAAGGCUGGGGUAUCGAUGUGUAGACAUCUUUGUUUAAUGCAGUAUUUAGGUCAUGUUUGCUGAAUCUGAUCCAGCAAAUUAUAUGAUUAUUAUGUAAGAUGUUCUUUGAGAAAUAUAACUCAAUGAAAGAAAUUUAAGAAU